GAACCAGGGGUCCUUGAAGGCACCGGUUGACUGACAUCCCCGCAGUCUAAUCCACACAGUGAGGAUGCACAGCAGCGGUGAAAUGUGUCGAAUCAAUAUCGGCUAACUACUUCUCUCGGCUGUGAUUGACAAAACCCCGCUAACACUUUGUUCCUCCAGCCUCUACAGACCGUGUUUAAACCAAAAACCGUCGGGUACACAUUUAACCCACACCGGGACUUCGCAGACGUUACGUCGGGACAAUGGAAUCUCAUGUCCUCCCGGACAGUAUCCGCCCUCAGCGGCUGCAGCCAGGCAUCGGAUUCGGUUCAGCACCGACCGGGACCCUCCGCUCCUCUCUCCGGCCCGGGGUGACGGUCCCCAUCGCGCCUCUGCUGCCCUCCCCGGCCUCUCUGUCCGCUUCGUCCGGGCCUCCUCCGCCGCCGCCUCCGCUGCAGCUCCACAGCCUCUACGGCGGGCUUGGAGCGGGGCCGUGGCCGGGGGCAGGGCACUGUAACCCGGGGAACCCGGCGGUGCUGAAGGAGGCGGUGGAGGCGGUGGUCCGCAGCUUCGCUAAGCACACUCAGGGCUACGGCAGAGUAAACGUGGUUGAAGCUCUGCAGGAGUUUUGGCAGAUGAAGCUGACCAGAGGCGCCGACCUGCGUAACGGAGCUCUAGUUGUUUAUGAAAUGGUCCCAUCCAGCAGCCCUCCUUAUGUCUGCUAUGUCAGUCUUCCCGGAGGCAGCUGCUUCGGAAGUUUCCAGUUCUGUCCCACCAAAGCCGAGGCACGACGCAGCGCUGCCAAGAUCGCCCUGAUGAACUCUGUUUUCAAUGAACAUCCCUCCCGACGCAUCACAGACGACUUCAUAGAGAAGAGCGUCAGUGAGGCGCUGGCGUCCUUCAAUGGAAACAGAGAAGAGGCCGACAACCCUAACACAGGAAUUGGAGCAUUUCGUUUCAUGCUCGAGUCCAACAAAGGAAAAUCCAUGCUGGAGUUUCAGGAGCUGAUGACUGUGUUCCAGCUGCUGCACUGGAAUGGGAGUCUGAAAGCCAUGAGAGAACGACAGUGUUCCCGACAGGAAGUGCUGGCUCACUACUCCCACCGGGCUCUGGAUGAUGAUAUGCGCACUCAGAUGGCUGCAGACUGGGUGAACCGGGAGCAGAGUGUGGCGAGCACUAUUGCGCAGGAGGUGGCGUCGACGGAGCGAGAGCUGGAGGACGCGAGGCUGGCAGGCAGAGAACUGCGUUUUUACAAAGAGAAGAAGGACAUCCUGAUGAUCGCUGUGGGUCAACUCAACGCAGCCAACACUGCCACGCUGCCCUCGCACUAAACCUGGCUCCAUUGCGGAAAAACAUGCCUUCACUCUCCUGGUAACAGUAUUGAUUACGUCAUACAUGUACAGGUGCUUUGUCUGACAGGGUUUGUAUCUUGUCUUUUUAAUACCAUGAGGACCAGGUAAUCAGGCCUUGAUUUACAGAAUGCUCAACCGUCCCUAAAACCAACACUUGCCAUUAUAGCCGUUGCCUUUUUGUGCCUGUGACAGGAUAACAGUGCUUUAAAAAAGAUACCUGUAAACUUGCUGGGCUUUCUCAACUGACUGGGGUUAACAUGUUUUUUAUUAUUUCCUACUUUAUUUACGUCAAAGUAGAUAAAACACAGCCUGCCUUUCAUCACUGAAUGUACGGGACAUAAGUUCAUAGAAAUGCAUUGGUCUUAAAACCUUAUUGGCAAGUACCAUGUGUACUUUGAUAAUCAAAAUAUUUUUGAAACACAGGAAAACUGCAAGGGGAUAAAAGAUCCCAACUAACUAUCAAUAUCGGCAGAUAAAGGCUUUAAAAGGAAAUAUACUAUAAUGAUACUUUUCCUCUGAAACAAAAGGCUAAUAUGUUUCAUUAAAACAAAUAUGACUUGUCUGACAUGUUGCCUUAGUUAAAGUAGUGUUCCUUAUUAUGCCCAGUCAAUGUUAUGCCGCAUAUGCCAGGCGGCCAUCGCAACAACAGUAGGCAUAAUGAUAUGUAAAUAAUUCCACUACAGGAGAGGCUUAAUGUUUCCUGCAAUAAGACGGAAUAUGAUGGAUAAAAAAUAUGUGCAUAUCGGUUUCCACGUUUCCACUACAUCAAAUAUCUGCAAAUACAAUAUCGUACAUCCCAAAACCUUUAAAUACAAAAGUGUUUUCUGCCUGUUGUACAAAACAAAGUGUAUAUCUGUGGACCUUGAAAUUAAUUCAAGACAGCAUUGAAGCACACUCAUAUAAGAAUUUGUAGGUUUGUUUGUAUUUCAGCAUUUGUCUGAUUGCUCAGGUUUUUGCAACAAAAAAAAAUCAGAUAUUGAACCAUCACCCUGUUUUUCUUUUUUUUUGUGGGCUUUUGACUAUUUUAGUAUUCAUUGUGUGCUUGGUGACCAUGACAGUAGCUGAAUGUGUAUUUUAGCGUGCUAUCAGCUUAAGGAUCUGCAAAGCGAUGCUGUUUAACAUUUAGACGACUGAACUGUUAUUGUGAUGCAGGUUGGCUUUGUUAAGUGCUUUGUUUAAAGAAAUAAAACUGAGUUUAGUAGACUCAAAAGUAAUUCAGGAUCUCGCAGAAUCAAAGAACAGUGUUGAUUGGAGUCGAAAUGUGAAGGCCAAAAAAACAAGUUGAGGGAUCUUUUGUGUUUAGUGUAAGUCAAUGGGCUAAAAACAGUGUACGUGACUCGCACUUAUCAAAUGUUUUCAUGUUGAAGGACCUAAUUUAGUUCAUGCUGAAUAUGUUAUAUCUUCAUAUUUCUCCAUGUAUCUAAAAUGUAUUGAAUACAUAAUACGGAUAAAGUCAUUUCGGUUGGCAGCCUUUUAAAGACCCCAUGUAAUGGAAGUUAGAGUUUAAUGGAUAAAGUGUUGCUCUUUUUGGAUAUAGUGUGUGCAGUGAGUUAUGCAAGUUAAACAGCAGGAGCGCUCAUUCUCACUGCUAAAUGCUGGAUUAUCAACAGCAGAAACUGAUUACACUAAAUUUGGGGAGUCGGCAAAUAAAAAACAAAGAAGCUGAGAUGGAGUAUGAUCUAAGCCAGACUACAUUUUAUCACUUCGCUGCUGCGUCUCUUUUCCCUGAAUAAUUGUGCCUUUUUGAAAUUGGUUGCACAUAGUAGUUACACAUGCUAAAAGCCUAAACGUUUCGUUUCCUUUAAUGAGGUCUUUAAAGGGGGCAACACUCUGUUUUACAAUGUUUUUUGUUAUUUCAUGUAAAGGUAAAGAUUAAAAGCUAUUUUACUGUUACUUAUAGAAAAUGUUUGGCAUCUUGAGGAAUGUGCUUAUACCCUUGCUGAAAUACAGUUACUCAUUUCCUAUUAGUCCAUUUUAAAUGUAAGGCUUCAGCUAGCAGACUAUUAGCUUAACACAAAGGCUGAUUAUCUGAAUUUGUACAGCAUAGACGUGAAUUUUGCCACCUGAAUGGGAAUAAGCACAUUUCUGAAAAAUGUUGAAAUAUUAAUUGAAUAUGUUACAUGACAUAAGAUUCUGAAGGAUUUAUCAAAUCUUGCUACCUUUGGUAUACACUUAUAAUCAUUGUAUAUUGUUUGUUUGGUACUGCGCUUGCAAACAUGUGUACAGCACAACCAGGAAGAUGUUUCUGAUUAAGUUUUGUCUCUGCAGCAAUCCUCAGUAAAUACUGAAAAGUUCAAAUAGAGAUUUGAACUGAAACAAUGAACACUUAAACCUCACAAUUCUGCAGCUUGAAUCCCGUAAAUCUUACAUUUCCCUUUUCACUUUGGUUUUCUCCUGCUUACAGAAUCUCAUCUGCAAAGCUGACAUAUUUGAAUGAUCUUUUUACAGGAAUGAGGCUCAAGAUCUUAAAUUGUGUGUUUAUAUUUUCUCCUGCAUAUUUCUUGUUUCUUAGAUGCUUUUUUUGUUUGUGAUUUUUGACUACAAGCCAUUCAUCUUGAGCUCUCUUCUUAGAAAUGCCUAUUAUCUUUCUUUGUGAUCAUUAUCAAUGAAUUCUUUUUUAAACAAUAUAUUUUUGUUGGUAUCCAUUUUAUAAAAAAACCUUGGUCUUUUUAUCUUUUAUGCAUGUUGUGUUGAUUGUUUGUUUUUAAUGUUUCAUAUUCCAUACAGUAUUGUUUUAUGAAAGUGUUUCUGAAGGCUCUUAUUGUAUGUAUUUUCUAUGAACAUUUUGUA